AAUUUUGGAUUGGUCAAUAAUGUGUUGUUCGAAAUCGCCCGCAUUUACUUAAAUCCCGGACCCAAACAGCCGGGUGCUGAAUAAUAAACUCUUAUCUCACGGUCAAUCGAGUCGCUUCUGACCGAGAAGAAAGCUGAUCCCAACCUGAUCCUCCCUAGCAAAGGAAUAUGCUCGUUGCACUUAGCUGUCGGCUGUCACUCGGAGGACUUCGCCUUGGGGAUCGUGAGCCUAAUGUUGCAAAAUGGCGGCAACCCGAACGUCAAUCUUCACAAGGCUUAUCGGGUUGGCGGCGCCGUACACGAGACGAUUUCAACCGAACGUACAUGAUAAUCCUCCAAAAUGACGUCAAUAUUCAAGUAAAACUAAUCAGGAAAACAGGGGAAUGUUCCAGAGAAAUCGCGCGACUAAUUGAGGAAUAAAAGAUCCGUUGACCCGCCUAUCGGAUGAUGAUGGGCUGACGCCCGUACAUGUUGCGACCAUAUGGGAGAGGACGAAGAUUCUGGAUUUGUUGUUGAGGAAUGGGGGCGACCCGGAAAUGCCAGACAUGGAUGGCAAGACGGCCUUUAAGUACGCAGUUGAGAACACAUCAAUUGAGUGUCUUUCACUCCUCACCGACUAUUUGCCCAAUAAGAGCGAGCUCAUCCACCGGGACGAAAGUGACCGCUACUCUUUGGCUUUAGAGAAAAUCCUCGUAAGCAAUGGGGUUCAAAUUGGCGAAUACAUGGAGGAACCGGCCAACACCAGUAUUAUUCAGCUAGCGGAUCGCUUGCCGUCGCUGCCCCAAACGAACCCCACGGAGUACAUUCUGAACUGGGUCAGCGAACAGAAACAACUGGCCAGCGACAGCAGCAGCAACAGCGACCUGAUCGAAAGUAUCGCCAGAAGCUUGGGUAGUGACUCGACUUUCGAGUGCUCCGACAAUUCCUUAAUGGAGUCCGAUUGCGACGAGUCGAAGCGUUAUGAUGCGCGAUUUAUCAAUUUUCGGAAGGUGUACAGAAAAAAGCGAAGUAAAUCCAGCAGAUGCCAGACGGCAAAGACCCCCAAAGGGCAGCCAAAUCGGAACUCAGCAUCCCCCACUGAUCUGGACGAUUCCCACUACACUGACGCCUAUAGCAUUUCGCAAUUGAAGGAAUAUUCGGGGGAAAGUGGCGUGGUCACGAUCCAGAGCUUGCUGGACUCGAACCAGUCCCGGAAGCUGAACAGCUCGAAAGAGCGGACAGCCGUCCAUGAAAAGAACAGCGACUACUUCACGUGUUCCCAUAACAGUAUUAUCUCGUUGGAGAAGAACAUUUUCGAGAUCACCGACGAUCUGAGCGACAUCAGAUUGGACGUGAUCGCGUCUGAUCCGAAACAAUCGGAUACUGGAGCGAGCGAGACUAGUUUCGUCAGUGUGUCCGAAGUGUACAAGUAUGUGGACAUGGAUGAAGAUGUUGUGUUGUAUGAAAAGCGACUUAUGAAGGCUCCUAGUGAAUUCACCAAAAGUGCAAGUUCGAACGUGUCAUCGACAUUGUCCUCGUUGCCGCCGAAUUUCGACUACGAUGCCAAAAUGCUUAAGAAGGAGUUGAUUGUGUUGGGGUACGAACCCGGCCCGAUAACCUCCACCACUAAACGGGUCUACUUGAAGAAGCUGCACCAUAUGAGGAAAAACCCCUCAUCUGAACUGCGACUGAGUGGACCUCAAAACAAUAAAAGAGUUUACUCCCUGGAAUUGGAGAAAACGAUGAAAAACAUGAACUGGUCCGACGACGCGGCGCUGAAGCGUCUAGAAGAAGACGUGGUGCGGCAGUUCCACAGCUCCGCACCGACGAUAAAAUGGCGAGAAGGCACCAACAAAUCCAACUUCACCUACCUGCUGUUGGAUCCGCGCAUCACCAACAACCUGCCCGACAGAGCCGGCACUCUAUCACCUUUAGAUCAGUGGCAAACGUUUCUAUCUGCCAUCUUCUACGUGGGCAAGGGCAAAAGAUCGCGCCCCUACCAGCACCUCUACGACGCAGUGAACCUGUGGAAGAAGGGACAGCUGGAGACCACCAAUCGCAAGCUGCAGCGCAUCAUUGACGUGUGGAAGGGCGAUUGCGGCGUCGUUUGCCUCCAUGUGUUCCAGAAUGUGAUCCCAGUGGAAGCCUACACAAGGGAGGCGGCCAUGAUCAGCGCCCUCAAGCUGGAGAACUUGACCAACAUCAAAUCGGGCGAGUUUUACGGGGUGGCGGCCUCGUGGCCUAACCGCCAAAAGAAGCUGUUUGGUGCCUAUUUGUUGUACAAAUCCAUGAUGAUUCUGCUGCAUGAGGGCGAACGACAAUUGUGUCCCAUGGACAUUAACUAAAGUGCAAUAUGACAAGGCGAAUGUUUCAUCGACCAAAGCCGGGAGCAAAGCUGUUUGAUCUAGGAAUAUAUUUAUAUUCUUGUA